AUGGCUGAUAGAUACUCUUUUUCCUUAACAACCUUUUCUCCAAGCGGUAAAUUGGGUCAAAUCGAUUAUGCUCUUACUGCAGUUAACCAAGGUGUGACAUCCUUAGGGAUCAAAGCUACCAAUGGGGUGGUCAUUGCCACCGAGAAGAAAUCUUCUUCACCUCUUGCUUUAACAGAAACAUUAUCCAAAGUGGAACUAAUAACACCAGACAUUGGUGCUGUAUAUUCAGGUAUGGGCCCUGAUUACAGAGUUCUAGUGGAUAAAUCUAGAAAAGUUGCACAUACAAAUUAUAAGAGAAUAUAUGGUGUUUAUCCACCAACCAAAUUGCUUGUCUCUGAAAUUGCCAAAAUUAUGCAGGAAGCUACUCAAUCUGGUGGGGUGAGACCAUUUGGUGUUUCCUUAUUAGUAGCCGGGCACGAUGAACACAAAGGGUUUAGUUUAUACCAAGUAGAUCCAUCAGGCUCUUAUUUCCCAUGGAAGGCUACCGCUAUAGGGAAAGGCUCCACAGCUGCAAAGACAUUUUUGGAAAAGAGAUGGAACGACGAAUUGGAAUUGGAAGAUGCUAUACACAUUGCUCUUCUUACCUUGAAGGAAUCUGUCGAAGGUGAAUUUAAUGGGGAUACCAUUGAAAUUGGUGUCAUCAGUGAACCAAACCAGGAACUACUGGGAUAUACUGGUGUCCCCCAAGAUAAGGGCCCAAGAUUUAGAAAGCUUACCUCUCAGGAGAUUAAUGAUAGGUUGGAUGCAUUAUAA